CCACAGUGGUGAAAGGCACGACCACAGGCAAACUACGGUACUCAAUUUAACAACGAUGACGAGGCGUUGCGCGCGCAAGGGCAAUAACCUCAGAGCAGCGAAGAUCUGGCUCCUGGACGAAGCUGAAAUUAUGGAGGCGCUGACAGGGACGCGCCAGGUGAGCGCCAUCGACACUGUGGCCAACAAGCAGAAGCUGCGCGUAUUGGGCGAGUUCUUUCCUUCUGUAGCGAUAGACUUGCGGCGCGACGUGCUGGUAGCUGCCAACUACCGCGAGGAUGUAGCGGCUGCCAUGCUAGGAGACCUCACCCGCGAGACGGUGGCUGCCACCGCCUCCUCGCGUAAUCAGGAGCCGACAGAGCUGCUGUUUGUAGACCUCCACUCGGACGACGACGUUAUGUCGGAGCUUGAGGAUGAAGAGGACUGGAGCGAGGUCUCUGCGGCCAGCAGCGGCACGGAUGCGUGGGUUGUGAUCCAGGACGACUGGGAAGUUGUGGACAAGAGCGGUGAUAAGGUUCGCACUUUCGCCAACGCGCUACAGACAAUGCCUAUGGUGCCAACGGCAACUUCGAUGACGUAUUCGAAGCCGCGACCGGCAAUGCCGCAUUCACCUGAACCCAACAGCACGUUGAAGAAGAGGGAUAGCGACCUUGCGCUGCCGACUUGCGAGCUGAAACGGGAUGCCAAGUCGUUCGGUGCACGGAAGCGCCACCUGCUGAAGAAUCAUCGGUAAACCACCGUGCCGAUGGGUUGGAUCGC